AUGCGUGACUCUCUUGUGAGGAUGCAAAUUUCAUCGGUUGUUGUUGUCAUUGUUAUUCAUCGCGUAUGGCAUCAUAGUCGCACCAUCAGGGGAAAAAAUGUAUUAAAAGAGAAAAAAGAAAAACUUGAACUACAAGUUAAAGAAUUGAAGAAAAAAAGCAGAGAGAAGGAAAAAAAACAGUCAUCGAAAGAACUGCUUACCUGCUCCAGACUUAAAGGCUCCUAUGGAAAGCAAGCAUUACGAAUGAAAUAA